CGGAUUGCCAUAUGUUUACAAUAUAUGGUUUAUUGAUUUAACCGUAAAAUGUUAAGCCAAACGCAACUACAAUUCUAUAAAGACAACGGGUAUCUUUUGUUGGACGAAGUGUACACGACAGCCGAAAUCGACGAAUGUUCUUCCGAAUAUGAUGAUAUUUUCGUACUGAAAAAGAACUCAGAACUUGAGGCCACAUGGAAAGGCGAUUGGAAGGAUGAAGCGUUGCCAACACAGCUUUUUUCCGUUCACAAUCUCCAAAACCAUGCUGCAAUUUUUACGAAGAUGCUUUUGAAAGACACAUUACUUCAAGCAAUUGCUGAUAUUCUUGGAACUAAAGACAUCUUACUCCAUCAUACAAAAGCUCAUGUAAAGCCAUCUGGUACAGGUUCGGCAUUUCCCAUGCAUCAAGAUUACCAAUACUUUCCAUACAAGAAUGAUUCUCUGGUUGCUGUUUUUAUACAUUUGGAUGAUACUAAUAUGGAAAAUGGGGGUUUAGCUGUUUAUCCUGGUUCACACCAUCUUGGACCAUUAGAAGAUAGAGGCAACAUUCCAGGCUGGCAUUAUGUCGACCAAGAUAAGUUCCCGAUCGACAAGGCAACGCCCAUUAACGCAAAGCGAGGGCAAGUCGUUAUUUUUUCGUAUCUACUUGUACAUGGCAGCUAUCCCAACACGUCUGAUGGCGUUCGACGAAUGCUGCUCUUUCAGAUGAUGUCAGCUCACGACGAAAAACUUAAGGAAACCCAUCGUUCCCCAUGCCAAGGCAUGGUUCUGAGUGGAAGAAAUCCGCAUGCAGAAGCCAGCAUUAAAAAACGGCAUGAAGAGUGCUGAGCACAGUGCAGUCAUGGAGGAUGCUUGUUAGACAUGUCUCCGAAAGUAUGUACAGUGGUCGAAAUAAAAGACAAUUACCCAAUUUUGUCACAAAUGGAGGACUCACCGUCAAAUCGAUCGCCAUUUUCUAUAGCUAAUUUUAGAACUGUAAAUCACGAAUGCUGCACGCAAACUGGGACAAGUGGUGUACUAAUCAAUAGCCGAAAAAGUGCCGAUUGUUGAAGGCCAUCAUACUAUUGGGAGCUGUCGGUAGAUGCCCGUUGUUGCACGUAAUGCCAUGUAGUGCCUUGGAUGCCAUGGAAGGAGAAUGGCAGUUUUUGAUGGCGGAGAACUGUACACUGAGAGGAAACACUUAAUUUACACAGAUUUUCGAAAAACAA